AUGUUGUCACAACAAUCACAUUUUCCGGCAGCCAUGUCUCCGCCAUCUAUGGCUGCCGUUUACUAUAAAUACGGUCCUGUCGACACCGUCAUCAGGUUGACUGAGAUUCCACCUGUGGAGAUUAGUGAGAAUGAUGUGUGCGUUAAAAUGCUAGCGGCUCCAAUCAACCCUGCAGAUAUCAAUAGAAUUGAAGGUGUAUAUCCAAACCAGCCACCACUACCAGCAGUGGGUGGAGGGGAGGGAGUGGGGGAGAUACAUUCUGUUGGGUCUGCUGUUAAGGUUUUUUCUCCUGGUGAUUUGGUUAUACGUUCUCCAUAUGUUCCUGGUGCAUGGCAAACCUACAUGGUGGAAGAACAAAGUUUGUGGCACAAAAUAGAUAAAAGCACCCCAAUUGAAUAUGCUGCCACUGUUUCUGUUAAUCCAGUCAGCGCCUUGAGAAUGCUCAAUGAAUUUGUCACUCUAAAACCAGGAGACUCGAUUGUGCAAAAUGGAGCUACAAGCAUAGUGGGGCAAUGUUUUAUUCAGCUAGCUCGAUUUCGUGGAAUUCAUAGCAUCAAUAUCAUAAGAGACAGUCCAAAAUCUGAUGAAGUAAAAGAAAAAUUAAUUAAACUUGGUGCUGAUAAAGUGUUUACUGAGAGUGAGUUGGAUGUCAAACGUGUCAAAAUUCUCCUGGGAGAUACACCUGAACCUAUUCUGGGCUUGAACUGUGUUGGUGGAAAUGCUGCUACUUUGCUCGUCAAAUUCUUGAAGCAAGGUGGUACUAUGGUUACUUAUGGAGGGAUGUCGAGAGAUCCUGUUGUUGUAUCUACUUCAAAUUUCAUAUUCAAGGAUAUUACAUUGAAAGGAUUCUGGCUGCAAGAGUGGAAAUUAUCCAAAACGAAAUAUAGGGAUUGGAUCGAUUAUCUGUUGGGCCUAGCUCGUGCUGGAAAAUUGAAAUAUGAGAUGGAGCUAGUAUCAUUUAAUGAUUUUCAUAAAGCUCUUGAGAAGGCAAUGGGGAAGCAUGGAAGUCAAAGGAAACAAGUUCUCAUAUUCUAAAGUCAAUGGCUAUGUCGUAAUUUCAUCAUAUUGGCCAUUGUGCUGAUGAAUAAUAAUUAAUCAAAUGUUAGUAUAGUUUCAAGAUAAAUUGUCAGAUCUCCUUCUUUAUCUCACAUGUCGACUUUUCAGAAGCUUUAUUGUUUGUUGUUGUUCAGUCUUCUUUUACGAACCUUUUUUCAAAA